GCGGAGACGCGGAGACGGAGACUGAGACGCUCCUUGGUGUGGGCGACUAAGGUUCCCUGGCAGUGAGGGACAGGCCACAUCAUCUGUACUGUGUGUUCAUUCAGAUGUGCAUGUGUUUCUUCUAAGUUGACUAGAGCCGUUUUAGAGCUAUCAGGUACCUCAAAGGUCUGUCUGAUAGUACUGCGCAAGCCUGCCUGCCAUGGGCUGUCGGGAUGUCCACGCAGCCACAGUCCUCUCUUUCCUAUGUGGAAUUGCCUCAGUUGCAGGCCUCUUUGCGGGGACUCUGCUUCCCAACUGGAGAAAAUUACGACUGAUCACAUUCAACCGAAAUGAGAAGAACCUGACUGUUUAUACAGGCCUGUGGGUGAAAUGUGCCCGGUACGACGGAAGCAGUGACUGCCUCAUGUAUGACACUACUUGGUACUCAUCAGUUGACCAGCUAGACCUGCGUGUCCUCCAGUUUGCCCUGCCCCUCAGCAUCCUGAUUGCAAUGGGUGCCUUGCUGCUUUGCCUGAUUGGAAUGUGUAACACAGCCUUCAGGUCCUCAGUGCCCAACAUCAAACUGGCCAAGUGUCUGGUCAAUAGUGCAGGCUGCCAUCUGGUGGCUGGUCUGCUGUUUUUUCUGGCAGGUACUGUGAGCCUCUCUCCAUCCAUCUGGGUCUUCUUUUAUAACGUCCAUCUGAACAAGAAGUUUGAGCCAGUCUUUACAUUUGACUAUGCAGUGUAUGUCACUAUUGCUAGUGCUGGAGGUCUGUUUAUGACUGCCCUUCUACUGUGUAUUUGGUAUUGUGCAUGCAAGUCUUUGCCUUCUCCUUUCUGGCAGCCACUGUACUCUCAUCCUCCCAAUAUGCAUGCUUAUUCACAGCCCUAUUCAGCACGUUCCCGCCUCUCUGCCAUUGAAAUUGACAUUCCAGUAGUUUCACACACUACUUAACAGGGAUAUAAUUAAUGGGUUUUUUUUAAAAGUUCUUGUAGCCACAUAUUCCCCUUGUGCAAAGAGCCUUUUUGAACCUAUAUACAUUUUCCUUUGUUCCUGAACAGUCACUGGAGCCAAAUUGGUAUAUCUUGGUAGAAUGAAGUGCUGCUAGUUUUUAUGAGAAGUAAAUUACACUAUUUUAAGUACUCUUUUUGUCUUCUUAUACUGGGAAGAGUUUUAACCUCCUUAUUGACAUCUGCUCAGUUAUUCAAGUGGAAAGGAUCUAUGCCACAAUUGAAGUGAUUUAGAACAACAUAGUAAAGAAUGAUGGCCAAGAUAAGUUGUAUACAAUCUUUAUGAAUAUUUCAGAUUGUGUAUUAUCCUUUUUCUGUGCCCUAAACUGAAAAAAAAAGCAAUUUCUAAUAUAAGAAGUUCUCAGAUAAGGGUAAUAUUUUGACAGUAGUCAGUUAUCUACCACUUAUGGUUGUAACCUCUACUUCUCUCUUGGGGCUAAUUGUAUCGAACAGCCUUCAGUGCAUUGAAGAUUACUUUAUUCUGUGAGUUUCUUAUCUUCUACCUCAUACCAGUGUUUAAGGGUAAAAUGCAUUUUAAGAGAUGUCAGAGUAAGACUAACAUUUUAAAUAUCUAUUAUUAAUAACAUUUAACUUUUGGGUGAGGCCGUACUUGGGUUUGAACUCAGGGCCUACACCUUGAGCCCUCCACCAGU